AUGAGGGCCGUCCGUGGGCUGCCUGGCUUCCGCCAUUUCUUCGGAUCGAGGCGAGGCGGUGGCCAUGGAGCUGGCAUCACAUCCGACAGGAAGGAUGGACCCAUAGGCGAGAUGUCGGACGAUGAGGCCAGCUCGGCGGCUGCUACACAUGGCAAGAAGCUCGUGGGCGACAUGGAAGAUGAGAUGGAUAUAGACAACGAAUGCUGCAUCUGCCUCAUCGACAUGGAGGAACGCAAGUUCAGGGGCAAGAUGGAUUGCUGCGAUCACGUGGUGUGCUGGUGCUGCAUCCAGGAAUGGGCUCAGACAAGUCGUAGCUGCCCCAUCUGCCAAAGGAGCUACAACAAAUGCAAAAAGACUACACCAAAAGCCAAGAAGGGUCGAAAGCACACGAAACCGAACAAGGGGAAGAAGCAGCGCAGCCUGUGGGAGAAGCCGCAGCAGCCCCCCAACCUCGCCGCGCAGUCGUCGUGGGGCGACAUGGGUGACGAGGAGGCCGACGUCGACGUCGACGCGGGCGAGGAGGAGGUCGUCGUCUUCCCCAUGCGCGACUCUCGAGGAGACGACGACGUUGGCGUCGUCGCUGUCGAUGGCGCCGCCGCCGCGGCCGACGCCGACGCCAGCAGCAGCAGCAGCAGCAGCAGCAGCAGCGACGACAGCGACAGCCGCGGAAGCAGGAGGAGCAACGAGGAGGAGGCGAACGAGGAAGGAAACGACAUGAUCAUCGUCAACAUCAUCAACGACGACGACAGCCCAGGAGAACAAGCCGAGGAGGAGGAAGAAAACGAGGAGGAGCAGGAAGAGGUGGCGGUGGAGGCAAGCCGUGUCGAUGAGGCGGUGGCCGUGGCGGUGGGCCAGGCUGGCAUCUCGUCGUCGCCGUCGCUGCUGUCGUCAGUGUCGCCGUUGUCGUCGCUGUCGACGUUGUCGUUGUCUACGUCUUCGGUGUCGACAAGAGACGUGUCUGACGAGGAGACGCAUGCGGACAACAACAACAACGAGGAGGAGGAGGAGGAGGAGGCGACGACGACGUCGGGAAACAAUUUUAUUGCCGAGGGCGCCGACUGGAAGGACAAGGGCAAGGAGCUCGAAGAGGAGGAGGAAGAAGAAGAUGAUGAAGAGGAGGAGGAGGAGGAGGAGGACAGGGACAAGGAGGAGGAAGAGUGGGAGCGGAAGGAUAGUGAGUCGGACGACAGCGAUGACGACGACAGCGACGAAGACGAAGACGAUGCGAACGGACCACUGGACUCCUGCUAG